ACAUCGUCGACACCGGAGGCGACACGCAGACGGGGUUUUUUUUUUUUUUUUUUGGAGGAGAACUUUGAUAAUAACGCGAACGUACAUUUAUAUUAACGUUACUAACAUUAGCUGCAAAAACAUGUUGGAUCCCUGGUUUUAUCAUUGGUUCUUUUUUACUUGGUGGUCUGUUAGGUAAUUGAAGUGCUGCUUGCUGGAUAAAAUUAAGUUAAUUAAUCUUUCCCGGGAUUUAAGAUCCAGCCAUAUUUAAUUGGACCAGUAAAAUCGUCGUUUGCAUCAUUCUGAUGCUUCGCUAACUAGACUAACGUUACAGCUAGUCAGCCGGGGCUCGCUGCGCCCGAGCCGGGCGAAGAUCGACGCUGCGCGGUGUCACCCAACUCAAGAGGAUCGAGCUCAUUAGGCGACAAUGCUUGAAAUAAUGUCCGAACACCAAGAUUCAUUACUGAAAUGCAAAGCAGAGACUCUGCCAUCAGAGAGAAGAAAGAGGACAGUGGAGGACUUCAACAAGUUUUGCAGUUUUGUUCUAGCAUAUGCUGGUUACAUCCCUUCUCCAAAAGAGGAAAGGCCAUGGUCACCAGGAUCCUCCAGUUCUCCGAACAGCUCUGGUGCUUCAGGUGAAGGCAGCGUUUUAAGUGGAGCAAGUUCUAACAUGGCUCCCAACUGGGGUCACGACACAUCGGACUUGCACACUAUCCAUACCUUUGUUCGCAAGGCUCGUGCCAAUAAGAGCAACAAGAGCAUGAGGCGGCUGUCAUCUGACAGCGCCCUUAUGGGUAAAAUGUGUUUAAAAGACCCUUUCUAUGAGUGUCAGGUGGCCAGCAAAGCUGAGCGCAAAAAGGACAAGAAGCUGAAGCGUCUUUCUCUAGGUUCAGGCGCUGGCGACAGCAGCAGCAGAGGUGGCGAGAAGCGUGCAAGGAUCAAGCGUAGUAAAAAUCCCAAACAGUCCAAAGCCCUUAAGAAGCUUAAGAGCUCUGCCCACAGCGAGACCGACUCCGAGAAUGGUCUCGGGCAUGGAGAGGAGCAUUUGGACCACGGAGCAGUGGCUGAGCGCAGACUACAGGCCCAGGUGAAAGAAGAAAAGGAGGAAGCCACCAGAGAAGCGGAUAUGAGUUCCAGUGAAGGCGAGACUUGGAUAGCGGAUGAAGACAUAAUGGUAGAGUCAGGGGAUGAUUCAUGGGACUUGAUCACCUGUUACUGCGGUAAACCCUUUGCAGGACGGCCCAUGAUUGAAUGUAGUCAGUGCAGUGUGUGGGUGCACCUCUCAUGUGCCAAAAUUAAGAAGUCUAACGUGCCCGACAUAUUUAACUGCCACAAAUGCAGAGACUCUCGACGGUCAAGUCAUAAGAAAGACACUUAGAUGAGGGGUGUUCAUGCCCUCAAAGCUCUGAAUGUUCCCAGUUCUCCAGUUUUUGUAUCCAAAACAGUUUUCACUUUCAAAAAUCCAUUCUUUCUUUGCAGCUCUAGUCUUGGCCACCAGUUACUCCUUACAUGUUUAACAGUCAGUAGUCACAUUUGCAGAGUUCACUUAGAAAUAAUGUUUGAAUUGAUCUCUUACCUCCUGAGUUGGUAAUUGAUCUUGGCUCAUUUGUAACUAUUCCACAGAUACGUACACUAUUCUUUGACAUGCAGAAUUGUCAUUUGUUUAAAGUAAGCAGCUUACGUAUUUAGUAAGUGGCACAAUUUUCCUUUGGAGAAGUUAGAGAAGCCACACUACAUUUUCACAGGUGUAUACUAUAUUGGUUACUUUGGUACCAUAAAAGUCUAUUUAAAAGUGUAAAAAGACCUAGAAAAUACAGAAAAAUGUUGUCAUGAUUUUGCCAAAGAGCUGCUAUGAGAGAUUGUUGACACUGCUGUUUCUAGAAAAUGCAUUAUUUCUUGGUGAACUGUCCAGUUGAUCUUCUUUCACUGGGAUAGUUGCCAUUGUUUGAAGACUAAUAGACAAUUCAUAAUUUUCUGUAGGUGAUCAUAAGACCAUUUGAUUCCAUCCUCUUAAUUUGAUAUUUAUAUAAGAAAUCGCACCCAAAUAGACUUGACCAGUCAGCUAACAUGUAUUAGAUGUUCAAAUAUAAAGAGCUAUACGAGUCAUUUAAGCAGGGAUUCCAUUUAUUUGCAAUUAUUGUUAUCAAACAUUAAUUUCAUCUAAUUCUACUGGUAAUAUACAUUAUAUUAACUCAUGUACUUUGUCGAAGAAGCUAUCAAUACUAUUUAGUCUUUAAUUACUUGCACAACAUAGUGUUUUUUGUUAGUUUUCUUCUCAAUCUGUUCCAUUUUUUUUGGAAGAUUUCAGUUUAAUAAGAUGUAAAUGCUAGUUUUAGGAGCUUUGCUGAAGCUUUCCUGGAAUGAAAUGGUUGUAAUUAUUGAUUUCAAGAAGUGUUUGGGGGUUUUAAACUCUUGAGAACUGGUGAAGAUUACUCAUUUAUGCUACAGGCUCUUUCUUUUGAAAUAGUUUGGAGACUAUUGUUUGGAUAUUUUUUUUUUCCUUUGUGGUUUAUUUGUGAAGCAAGGGGGAUAGGAAAUCCCCAAAAGCCAGACUUCUCUCGCUUCAUGUUUCACAGAUUUUGAGAAGUGUACGUAUCUGAAAGUGAAGAGAAAAGCAAAGCAAAUGGUUUAUUUUAUAAUUAUUUUUUUUUUUUUUUUGCAUCUGAUAUUGUUUUCUUUAACUACCUGGAGAAAUAAAACGUUUCUUUAUCGGG